AUGAAGUCCUCCACAACAGUAACACGAGUUCGGUGCAGUCAUUUAUCUUCCUCUUCUUCUUUACCCUUUGGUCGAAUUGUUUAUACUUAUACAAUAUUUCUUACUUCAAUUUUUGCAUUAUCAUAUGCUUUCUUUCUUUUUUCUUUCACUAUUUCUUUCUUUCUUUCUUUCUUUCUUUCUUUCUUUCUUUCUACUUACUCACUCAUCAUUUUUUGUUUUUUGCUAUUUUCUUUCUUUCUUUCUUUCUUUCUUUCUUUCUUUCUUUCUUUCUUUCUUUCUUUCUUUUAUAUUAUUUCUUUCUUUCAUUUGCUCCUUAUAUCGAUCUUUCUUUUUCUUUCUUUCUUUCUUCUUUCUUUCUUUUUAAUUUUUUGUUUUUUUCUUUUCUUUCUACUCAAACAUUUUUUAUUUCUUCUUUUCUUUUAUAUUCACUCACUCUUCGCUUGUUACUUUCUUUAUACACUCUCAUUCAUUCUCCCACACUUUCUUUCUUUCUUUCUUUCUUUCUUUUCCUUUAAUAGAUUCUUUCUUUCUUUCUUUCUUUCUUUCUUUUUGUUCUCUUACUUAAUCUUUCGUUUCUCUUUUUCUUUCUACUCAAACAUUUUUUCUUUCUUUUUUCUUCUAUAUUCGCUCAUACUUCCUUUGUUUCUUUCUUUAUACGUUCUCAUUCAUUCUCCCCCACUUUCUUUCUUUUUCUUUCUUUCUUUCUUUCUUUCUUUCUUUCUACUCACUCACUCACUCACUCAUCCUUUUUUGUUUUUUGUUAGUUUCUUUCUUUUCGCCCACUCUUUCUUUCUUUCUUUUAAUAGAUUCUCUCUUUCUUUCUUUCUUUCUUUCUUUCUUUCUUUCUUUCUUUCUUUCUUUUUGUUCUAUUCCUUAAGCUUUCGUUUCUCUUUUUCUUUUUACUCAAACAUUUUUUCUUUCUUUUUUUCUUCUAUAUUCGCUCAUCCUUCCUUUGUUUCUUUCUUUAUACGCUCUCAUUCAUUCUCCCCCACUUUCUUUCUUUGUUUCUUUCUUUCUUUGUUUCUUUCUUUCUUUCUUUCUUUCUAG